GGCCGCGAGCGCAGUGGUGUGCAGCGCGCCGGGUCCCCGAGCCGGCUGACUGAGGGAUGGACGAGACGAGCCCACUAGUGUCCCCCGAGCGGGCCCAACCCCCGGACUACACCUUCCCGUCGAGCUCGGGCGCUCACUUUCCGCAGGUGCCCGGGGGCGCGGUCCGAGUGGCGGCGGCGGCGGGCUCGGGCCCCUCUCCUCCGGGCUCGCCGGGCCACGACCGGGAGCGGCAGCCUCUGCUGGAUCGGGCCCGGGGCGCGGCGGCCCAGGGCCAGACCCAAACCGUGGCGGCGCAGGCCCAGGCUCUGGCCGCUCAGGCCGCGGCGGCAGCGCACGCCGCUCAGGCCCACCGCGAGCGGAACGAGUUCCCGGAGGAUCCCGAGUUCGAGGCGGUGGUGCGGCAGGCCGAGCUGGCCAUCGAGCGCUGCAUCUUUCCCGAGCGCAUCUACCAGGGCUCCAGCGGAAGCUACUUCGUCAAGGACCUUCAGGGGAGGAUCAUUGCUGUCUUCAAACCCAAGAAUGAAGAGCCCUAUGGGCAUCUUAAUCCUAAGUGGACCAAGUGGCUGCAGAAGCUGUGCUGUCCCUGCUGCUUUGGCCGUGACUGCCUUGUCCUCAACCAGGGCUAUCUCUCAGAGGCAGGGGCCAGCCUGGUGGACCAAAAACUGGAACUCAACAUUGUUCCCCGUACAAAGGUCAGUGACCCAUCUCCAGGAAACCUUGCUGCCUGGCCACAGUUUCCUGGGGAAGGGUUAGUCCGAGUGUCCAGAAUACCUAGUCCACCAUUACAAAAAUUGAAAGUCAUCCCCCUUUUUUCUGCUAACUUUAUAUUUCUGUUCACAGAUCGAGGCAAUGACAACUGGCUGAUUAAAUAUGACUGUCCAAUGGAUAGUUCUAGCUCUCGGGACACAGACUGGGUGGUGGUGAAGGAGCCUGUUAUCAAGGUGGCUGCCAUAGACAAUGGGCUGGCCUUCCCACUGAAGCAUCCUGACUCCUGGAGGGCAUAUCCUUUUUACUGGGCCUGGUUGCCCCAGGCGAAAGUCCCAUUUUCUCAGGAGAUAAAAGAUCUGAUCCUUCCAAAGAUAUCGGACCCUAACUUCGUCAAGGACUUGGAAGAGGACCUUUAUGAACUCUUCAAGAAAGAUCCUGGUUUCGACAGGGGCCAGUUCCAUAAGCAGAUUGCUGUCAUGCGGGGCCAGAUCUUAAAUCUGACCCAGGCCUUGAAAGACAACAAGAGUCCCCUGCACCUCGUCCAGAUGCCACCUGUGAUUGUUGAGACGGCCCGUUCCCACCAGCGGUCUUCUAGCGAGUCCUACACACAGAGCUUUCAGAGCCGGAAGCCCUUCUUUUCAUGGUGGUAGCUCCAGAGGCAGGCAGAGGAAAUAUUCUCAGAGACUGGUGGGAGGAAGCCUGGGAAGUGGGGUGCAGGAAAAGCCAGAGAAGCCAGUGGAGAGCAGCACCUUUAAGAGCCCUCCCUCUCUGCUUGCCACCCUGCUCAGGGCUUUCCCAUCCACAGGGAGAAGCACAAUCAGGAACAGUGAGUGCUCCUCACCCUUCUGAGUGUGGGGACGCUGGAGCUCCAUGCACAUAGUCCAGAUGCCUGGGAAGGAGCAUCUCCCUUCCAGCAUCUGCUGGUGGCAGGCUGGGACAGUCCCUUCCUUCCCUGACACCCUGCUCUAUUGCAAUUCCCUAUUAUAUUCUGCAUCAGAAAAACAAACAAAACAAAAACAACUUUAAAUGCUUGUAGCAGAACCCUGGGUCAUCUCAUGUCAGAAACCUUUAAUCCAGGCCUAAAUUUGUAUAGACCUGACAUUCAGCUGCCUUGCAGUUGCUUCCUCCCAUGAGCCAAGGUGGUGUCAGAGGGCAACUGGAUGACUCGCAGUACCACAGCACUGGGACAGACAGAAGCCACACCUUUCUUUUGGGUUUUUGCCAAGCCUCCUCCAUCUCCCACCAGUGCUGUGGGCUGGCUGCAAGCCUCCAAACAGUUCUCCUGGAAGAGAGGUUUUUGCUUUACCCCCGCCAGCACUUCCGCCCACAAUCAUAGAGAACCUCUCUGCUCUCUGCUGGCCUACAGCUUGUCUCUUUCUCAAGCAGAGGCAGGAAGAGCCAGUCUUAGCAUUUAUAUUUUAGUAGGAAGUUGACUCCCAGCAUGUAAAAGUGAUCCACGCGGCCGGAGUGUAUGCUGGGAGCUAAGUGGUCUAUGGGUGAACAUAUCCCACCUUGCUUCCUAAGUCCUUGGUCCCAAUCUUCUCAUUUAUUCCUGUUGUUUUAAGUUUCCCCCCACAACUCUUUUGAUGUAAAAGUUCAGUUUGUCUUCUGGAGUGGGUCUCUGCAAGGGUUUUGGGAUGAGUCUUGGCUUCUAAGAGGACAGGCUAUUAGGUUCUUGGACUUUUUUCUGUGCCACCACUGCUGCUUGGUGGAAGUCACAGAACGUGGAUUCUGCCUCAUAAAUGGCAGUUUCCCUUUUCUCCCUGACUUGUUCUAGGUCAAUUUCUCUAUCGUUUCCUGAGAAAGGCGGGACCCAAAGGAGAGAGGCCUUCAGACUGUCCCAGGUCCUGCCCAGCUCAGUGCGCAUCUUCUUGCUUCCAUGUGUCUUUUCCCCUGCUGCCUCACUCCCCACCCCCACUUGCCAGGUGUUUGAGCCCUUUCUACACCAAAGCAAAGUAUGGCCUCAGGAGGGAGUAAAAAGGGUGCCCUCUAUGUCUGAGGGGCAGCUGUGUUCAUGCCCUGUGCUACUGGACAUUUCACAAUUCUGGCACCUUGCAAUUGGUCAGUCAACCUCAGAAAGAAACUAUCUUGAAGGUUUGAAAAACAACCAAAGAAAGGGAGUGAGGACUAUGGCUGCAUGUCUACUGCUUGCCCGGCUGCAGAGCAGAGAUGUGCAGCCCUCUGGUCAGCUGGUUCAGGCUGGUCUCUGCCAGUCCCCUUCCAGUCCAGCCACCAGGAGCCCGGUUGUCCCAGGCUUCCACCUGGCUGACAGGAAGAAUUUCUGAGAGCCAGAUGUGCAUGCCCUGUGGACAAAGGUACAGCUCACCUGCCUGCCCCAGCCCCAGCCCCAGCCCCAGCCCGGACAAUCACAUGCAGCUGACUCGGACACUGGCCUUGGGAACAAUGUUUGAGGGAACACCUGCCCCCUGACUGUAAGAGCCAGGAGGGGACCCAGGUGUGCAUAGCUCUCUGUAGACAUUUUUACCCAAACCUGUUGGUGAAGUGCCCAUCUGGUGCUCAAGAGAGCCUGGGGGUCUAACGGGGAGCCCGGCUGCCUCACCUGGCCAUAGCCUCCAUGCCAGAUUUGCACAUUGUCUUGAUCCAGACCAGCUCUGUGAUCAGAAGGAAAUUGGGUCCAGUGUAGGAGCAAGCUGGUCCUGGGCCUGGCAGGCAAGAGUGUGGGCAUCCUUUCCUGGCCUUUCUCCACUCUCCCUCAAGCCUGUGCUCAGGUUGCCUUGAAUGUGGACUCUGGAAGAGCCAGGGGCCCAGAGUGCCGGGACAGGCUUCUGGGUGGCACUCGUGGAACACCGUCCCUCUGCCAGCCAUAGGCCCUGCCUCCAGUGUCAGGGAAUGGAGGCUGGGCUGCGAGAGUGCUGCUGCCCUGUGUCGUUCUUCUAAUCCACUGUAGAAAUUGUACGUAAUGUAUUUAAAUCAACGCAAAUGUAUGAAUAACAAAUCCAGUUCUGAC